AUGGAGAACGCUGAAGAAAACACUCUUCGAAUCCUAAUAGCAACGGAUUGCCAUCUAGGUUACAUGGAGAAAGACGAAGUUCGCCGCCACGAUUCUUUCCAAGCAUUCGAAGAAAUUUGCUCCAUUGCGGAACAGAAGCACGUCGAUUUCAUGCUACUCGGCGGUGACCUUUUCCACGAAAACAAACCGUCUAGGUCAACUUUAGUCAAAGCUAUCGAGAUUCUCCGUCGCUAUUGCCUCAGUGAUCGACCUGUUCCUUUUCAAGUUGUUAGCGACCAGACUCUCAAUUUUCAGAAUACGUUUGGUCAUGUAAAUUAUGAAGAUCCUCAUUUCAAUGUUGGUUUGCCUGUAUUUACCAUUCAUGGAAAUCAUGAUGAUCCUGCUGGAGUGGACAACCUUUCUGUCGUUGAUAUUCUCUCAGCAUGUAAUUUAGUCAACUACUUUGGGAAAACGGUCCUUGGGGGUUCAGGUGUUGGUCAGAUCACUAUCAACCCUAUUCUUAUCAAGAAGGGUUCAACAGCUGUAGCUCUAUAUGGUCUGGGAAACAUUAGAGACGAAAGACUGAAUAGGAUGUUUCAAACACCUCAUGCUGUGCAAUGGAUGCGACCUGAAUCUCAGGAAGGAUGUGAAGUUUCUGAUUGGUUCAAUAUUCUGGUACUUCAUCAAAACAGAGUAAAAACAAAUCCCAAAAAUGCAAUAAAUGAGCAUUUCCUGCCACGCUUCCUAGACUUCAUUGUGUGGGGACAUGAGCAUGAAUGUCUGGUUGACCCACAGGAAGUUCCAGGGAUGGGAUUUCACAUUUCACAACCAGGGUCGUCUGUUGCAACAUCACUUAUUGAUGGAGAAUCGAAGCCAAAACAUGUCCUUCUCUUAGAAAUUAAGGGAAAUCAAUAUCGCCCUACUAAGAUACCUCUAACAUCUGUGCGGCCUUUUGAGUAUACAGAGAUAAUACUAAAAGAUAUUCCUGAUAUUGACUCCAAUGAUCAGAAUUCUAUUCUUGAACAUCUCGACAAAGUGGUCGAGAAGCUUCUAGAAAAAUCUAGUAAGAAAGUUGUCCUAAGAGCAGAACUGAAGCUUCCACUAAUACGUAUCAAGGUAGAUUACUCUGGAUUUAUGACUAUAAAUCCGCAAAGAUUUGGGCAGAAAUAUGUAGGAAAGGUUGCAAACCCGCAAGACAUCCUUAUAUUUUCAAAGGCAUCAAAAUUGGAGAAGGGUGUAGGAAAAAUUGAUGAUUCGGAACGACUCCGUCCAGAAGAAUUAAAUCAACAGAACAUAGAGGCUUUGGUUGCAGAAAAUAAUCUGAAAAUGGAGAUACUUCCAGUCAAUGAUUUGGAUAUUGCUUUACACAAUUUUGUCAAUAAGGAUGAUAAAAUGGCAUUUUACACUUGUGUACACAAUAACAUUGAGGAAACACGGAAUAAAAUUGCUAAGGAUUCAAAUGAGCGAAAGUUUGAGGAGGAAGAUUUAGUUGUUAAAGUUGGAGAGUGCUUUGAGGAACGUGUUAAGGAACGAUCCACACGACCCAAAGGAUCUACACAAUUAACUCCUGGUGCUCACUCCUUUGAGGAUUUUCAAGGAAGAAGUGCUGCUGGAGCUGAUAGUGCAGUUUCCUUCAGUGAUGAUGAAGAUGCAAUGCCAAUAUCGAGCUCAAAGCCAAGCACUAGAGCUCGAAAAGGAUCCUCUGCAUCUCAAACUACAACCAGAGGAAGGGGCAGGGGCAGGGGUAGGGGCAAAGGCAAGGAUUCCAGCACAUUGAAGCAGACAACCCUUGAUGGAUCUUUAGGGUUUCGCUAUUCUCAAAGGUCUGCAUCAGUCGCUGCAACAACUGCCAUCCGAAGUGGUGUCAAUGAUGGCGAUGAUAUGGCUUCUGGUUCAAGUGAAGAUGCCAAAGGAAAUGCAGUCGAAGAGAUUGAUGACAGUUCGGACAAUGAAUCCAAUCUACCGACACGGAAAAGAGCUGCUCCAAAGGGACGAGGUAGAGGUGCUACACAGUCUUCUAAACGGGGGAGAAAAUCAGAUAACUCUUCAAUCCAUAGAAUGCUCAUGAACAAUGACGAUGACGACGACGACGAUGAUGACAAUAUUCAAAAGAGAUUAAAUCCGUCUCAACCUCGGGUGACCAGAAACUAUGGAGCUCUAAGAAGGUGA